AUGCUGCACAUCAAAACCCUACCAGAAGAAGUACUUGAAUUUCAUAUAUGUGCCUUCCUUGAUCUUGGUUCUGUAAUGGCCUUAUCUAUGGCCAAUAAAUUCUUGCAUGAAUUAAUUUCAAAAUCAGAAGUGAUCUGGAGCAGACUUACUGUUCUUUCUUCAUCAUGUCAUCCCGAUGAUGAUCAAGCUGAAAAACUAUUAAAAUAUUUGGUACAACAAUUACAAUUGACAGAUCUGAAACAUUGUCCUCUAUUGAACGAUCAAGAAUUAUUGAAUUAUUACAAAAAUAAGCCUAAUCAGUUCAUAUUUCAUUGGUUCAGACUCUUUUCAUUUAGUAUUGAAGGUUUUCAAAAAUAUGAGCCUUCUUUGGAUGAAGUUCAAAUUUCGAAAAUUCUCUUCACCAACAGAAAUCAUUCAAUGAGAGUCAUGCAUACAAGGCUGUGUGGAGAUUGGGAAACUUGUGUCGCCAAUAAGAAGCUCGAGCGAGGAAUUACAUAUUACUGGUGUGUGCAUUUAACCACGUACGAUGAAGAGAAUGCAAAUAAUGCAUGGGCAGUACUUGUUGGAGUUGAUAAUUUGCCAAAUCAACCUAGGGAUCAAGACAGUUCUUCCAUGCAUUACUGGCUUGGACGCCAUCCUUCAAAAGGUUUUGGGUACUGUGUUGCCUCUGACAGUUUCAAUAACAGUUAUAAUGCAGCCAAACUUAACAAACAAGGGGAUGUGAUUGGUGUUGAGUAUUUUCAUCACCCCAUCCUUAAUGAAGUUCGAAUGAAAAUUUAUGUCAAAAAUGGAUGUGAGGAAAGAAACCAUUCGUUUUCGUAUAGAGACACGAGGGAUGGUGAUGAUGAUAAUGAAACAGAAUUGACAAGGAGUCAGAAAAACGAAAUAACGUUUAGACCAGCUGUCUCAGUCGUGUCAAGAAUGUCUGUCUCAAUCUUUCCAUGGGACGGUAAUGUAGAAACUCUGAAAAAAUUCGUGUCUCAAUGA